AAUGUUGUGUUGAAUAUGAAUGGGGGCGGUGAUGUGAUAGGCGCUGUGACGUCGCGCGGCGGCUGGCUCGGCGGCGACAGCGUGCGGGCCGGCAGUGUGUCCGCCAGCCCCGACCGCGCCGCACGCACCAUGCUGCCGCUCCUUGUGCUCGCCCUGGCCGCCGCCGCCGCCGCGCAGGCCGACAACCAGACCGCGCGCCCGCCGCCGCCGCGCCGAGAGCAGUUCCGCGUCAUCUACGAGUGGAACGCCAUCGACUUCGAGUGGCCCUCGCCGGAGACGCGCGACGAGUACCUCAACUCCAGCCGCUACAUCCCCCGCAACGUGCUCAUCUCCGGCAUCAACUACUACGGCGACAGCCUGUUCCUGACCGUGCCGCGCAUGCUGGGCGGCGUGCCCGCCACGCUGGCCACCGUGCCGGUCGCGCAGACGGACACGGCGCCGCGCCUGCGCCCCUUCCCCUCCUGGGAGGCCAACGCGCUCGGCGAAUGCGCCGCGCUGCAGUUCGUGCAGAACGUGGAGGUGGACCGCAACGGCAUCCUGUGGAUCCUGGACAACGGGCGCGUGGGCACGCUCACCGACCGCCCCGAGGCCAAGUGCCCGCCCUCGCUCGUGCUCAUCGACCUCAAGACCGGCAAGAACGAGAUGCAGCGCUUCCCGCUGCCGCCCGACGUCGUCAACUACAACUCCACGUACCUGAACGACCUGGUGGUGGACAACCGCGACGGCGACUACGCGUACAUCACGGACAACAGCGCCAGCGACCCCGGGCUCGUGGUGUUCCGCCGCCGCGACGCGCGCGCCUGGAAGGUCCGCGACAAGCCGUCCAUGACGCUGGCCGCCGACGCCACGUACUUCCGCAUCAACGGCACCAGCGUCAACCUGCCCGUCAACAUCGACGGCAUCGCGCUGGGCCCGCCGCUGCGCGCCGCCGACGGCCGCGUGGACCGCACCGUGUACUACUGCCCGCUGUCCAGCUUCCACCUGUACGCCAUCAACACGUCUGUGCUGCAGAACGAGUCGCUGGCGACGGGCGACGUGCGGCGCCACGUGGCGGACCUCGGCCUCAAGCCCUCGCAGACCGACGGCAUGAAGAUGGACUCGGCGGGCGUGCUGUUCUACGGGCUCAUCGGCAACGCCACCAUCGCCGAGUGGAACACCUCGACGGAGUUCCACUCGGGGCAGCGCACCAUCGCGCGCGACCCCAACUACAUCCAGUGGGUGGACCGCUUCACGUUCGACGACCACGGCAACGUGUACGUGGUGGUCAACCGCCUCUACAACUUCGUGAAGAACCAGGUGAGCCUGGACGAGGUGAACUACCGCAUCCUGAAGUCGCACACGGGGUCGCGCAGCUACGUGCACGCGGAGGACCUGCCGGCGGCCCCCGGCGCCGCGCCCCGCGCCGCUGCUGCAGCGAUGGCGCUGCUGCCCGCUGCUCUCGCGCUGCUGCUCAUGUAGGCGCCGCCGCUCUCACACACAACACCAAAUAUUAAGUUACCUUGACCUCACGGUCGGCCCAGUGAUAAAGUGAAAAUGUAAAUUACGUAGAAUAUGUAUUUAAGAAACUCGAAAAAUGUAAUAUCGAAAGUAGGAGUGACCUUUGUGCAACAGGUGCAAGUCGUGAAGAUGCGCGGGAGACAAAGGUCGGGGACGGCGCUAAUGCCACUCCACUCGGCUCGAACACAUUCCAACACAAUGGCGUCGUCUGCAGCUUCGCGGAUACGAAAUUAUUUAUUAGAAUUUAAUAUAAUAUAUCGUCUUAAAGUAGGAUUAUAAGUUCGUUGUAACAAUUAAAAGAGACCAAUGAAUAAGUAAGUAACCUCUCGUCUUUCUGACCUUUGCAAUGAUUGGAAAGCCGAGACGUUUAUUUUUAUAAACCUUAGAUUUAUAUGGGUAGAAUAGUUUAAACAUUAAACUAAGUGCUAUGUAUCAUAUAAAUUGUAAUUAAAGAUGUAAGAAUGCGAGUGUGAUCUGUAAAAAAUGUGAAUAAUAUGAUUGUGACUAUUUUGUCAUUGAAUAAACGUGUUUUCGAAUGA